CUGCGGUGCGUGUGCCAGCUGUGCGAGCACACCAACUUCACCUGCCAGACCGAGGGCGCCUGCUGGGCGUCCGUCAUGCUGACCGACGGGCGGGAGGAGGUGGUCAAGUCCUGCGUCUCCCUCCCCGAGCUCAACGCCCAGGUCUUCUGCCACAGCUCCAGGAACAUCACCAAGACCGAGUGCUGCUACACCGACUUCUGCAACAACAUCACCCUCCGCCUGCCCCUCGGUUUGCCUCUGCUGGUACAAAGAACAAUUGCCAGGACUAUUGUCCUGCAGGAAAUCGUGGGGAAAGGCCGAUUUGGGGAAGUCUGGCGUGGAAAAUGGUGCGGGGAGGAUGUGGCUGUGAAAAUCUUCUCCUCCAGAGACGAGCGGUCCUGGUUCCGGGAGGCAGAGAUUUAUCAGACGGUGAUGCUGAGGCACGAGAACAUCCUGGGCUUCAUCGCUGCUGAUAACAAGGAUAAUGGGACGUGGACUCAGCUCUGGCUUGUCUCCGAGUACCACGAGCAAGGGUCCCUGUUUGACUACCUGAACAGAGGGACAGUGACAGUGGAGGGCAUGGUCAGGCUGGCGCUGUCGGUGGCCAGCGGCCUGGCCCACCUCCACAUGGAGAUCGUGGGCACGCAGGGGAAGCCGGCGAUCGCGCACCGGGACCUGAAGUCCAAGAACAUCCUGGUGAAGAGGAACGAGAGCUGCGCCAUCGCCGACCUGGGGCUGGCGGUGAAGCACGACUCGCUGCUCAACACCAUCGACAUCCCCCAGAACCCCAGGGUGGGCACCCGCAGGUAUAUGGCUCCUGAGAUCCUGGACGACGUGAUGAACACAAACAUCUUCGAGUCCUUCAAGCGUGCAGACAUCUACUCCCUGGGGCUGGUGUACUGGGAGAUCGCCCGGAGGUGCUCCGUUGGAGGAAUCACGGAGGAGUACCAGCUGCCUUACUAUGACGUGGUGCCUUCUGAUCCUUCCAUAGAAGAUAUGAGAAGGGUGGUUUGUGAGCAGAAACUCAGGCCAAACAUUCCGAACCAGUGGCAAAGCUGUGAUAUCCUGGCCAGCAUCAACGGGGUGAACACCGAUGGCUUCAGUCACAAGCAAAUCGUGGACUUGAUAAAGUCUUCAGGGAACUAUUUAAGCCGGAGCAGCUCCCGCAGCCGGCUCAGCUCCGUGACGCUGGGCAGCGAGGACAGCUUCUGCCAGGGAGGAGCCUUCGAGGACUGGUCUGCGGGGAGCCUGAGCCGCCAGUCCAGCCUGGGGGACGACUGCGUGUUCCCCGGGGAUGGGGACGGCGCUGCCGGGCGCUGCUCCCUGCGCAGGAACCGCAGCUUCAGCAGCGGCUCCCCGAGCACCCGCCUCUCCGCCAGCGGCUCCGCGUCCCCGCUCUGGGAGGGCAGCGGCUCCGCCUGUGGCUUUGGGACCCUCCCGCGGAAAAGCCGGAGAGCCAGCGUGCGAAAGCAUCUGUCGAAAUUCAUCCCGGGCCUUCAGCGGGCGGUGGAAGAGGAGGGAAGCCGGGUGUGA